AUGAGCUCGCGGCCACACCUGGCCACCGCCGGCAUCUGUGUCUACCUCUGCCUUGCCGCUGGCCUCGCUGCUGUGCCUGCCUCUUUAGAGGACGAGAAGGCCCCUGCCUACUGGAAUGAGAGAGCCAGGAGGACGCUGGAGUCGGCGCUGACCCUGGCACCCGUGACCCGCCAUGCCAAGAACAUCGUUCUCUUCCUGGGCGACGGCAUGGGGAUCUCCACCGUCUCCGCCGCUCGGAUCUACAAGGGGCAGCUGGAGGGAGGGCCCGGCGAGGACAGCCGGCUGGCCAUGGAGACCUUCCCCUACGUCGCCCUCGCCAAGACGUACAACGUGGACCGGCAGGUGCCCGACAGCGCGGGCACUGGCACCGCCUACCUGUGCGGGGUGAAGGCCAACGCCAAAACCCUGGGGGUGAGUGCCGCCGCCGUCUACGGCAAAUGCAACACCACGUGGGGCAACGAGGUCCACUCCAUCCUGCACCGGGCCAAGCAGUCGGGCAAGUCGGUGGGCAUCGUGACGACCACCCGCGUGCAGCACGCCUCGCCGGGCGCGUCCUAUGCCCACGUGGUCAACCGGGAGUGGUACAGCGACGCUGACCUGCCCAAGGAGGCCAUCAGGCAGGGCUGCAAAGACAUCGCGUACCAGCUGGUGCACAACACAGACAUCAACGUGAUUCUGGGCGGUGGGAGGAUGUACAUGACUCCCCGGAAGACCCCGGACCCCGAGUACCCGACGGACCCAAAGCAGAGCGGGACAAGGAAGGAUGGACUUGACCUGGUGGAGAGGUGGCUCAGUGCCAAGGAGGGGGCGCGGUACGUCUGGAACAAGGAAGGCCUGGACGCCGUUGAUGAGAACUCCACCGACUACCUCCUGGGUCUCUUUGAGCCCAAGGACAUGAAGUACGAGCUGAACCGUGACGCCAGCACGGACCCCUCCAUCGUGGAAAUGACGGAGAAAGCCAUCCGUAUCCUGCGCAGGAAUCCCCGCGGCUUCUUCCUCUUUGUGGAAGGAGGCAGGAUCGACCACGGGCACCACAGCAGCAGAGCCAAGCAGGCCCUGAGCGAAGCUGUCAUGCUGGACCGGGCCGUGGCCCGCGCCGCCGAGCUGACCAGCGCCUCGGAGACCCUCACCGUGGUGACGGCCGACCACUCGCACGUCUUCAGCUUCGGCGGCAGCACGCCCCGCGGCAACAGCAUCUUCGCAAGUAUGCAAAGUGAGGCCAACAGCCAGCCUGGGCCCAGGUUUGGGGGCGCCUGGCCUUGA